CCCCUCCUCUACCCCAGUCGCUCUAGCCCGCGACUCCCCUCAGUCUCUCUGGUCUGGUCCGGCGGCCUGUGAAGGGAAGCGCGUACCUAUGGGAUCCAGGCCCGAGACCCUGAAGCCAGGCUCCGCCCCCGACGCCCGCUCGCGCCCCGCCCCCGGCUCGAGGGGUCUCCGCGGGACCUUCUGGGUCUGGAGGGUUGGGGCCCGCACCAUGGGGCCGUAGGGCCUGUAGCGACCCAUCUAUAAAGGUCUGUUUGGGCCUGCCGCGGUCCGAGUCUAAUUGUUCGUUGGUCGCUGUGUGUGGGGUCGGCCCCCCUAUGGGGGUCUGUGUCUAUGGGGGACCCCAAUGGUCCUUAGAGGCUUAUGGCCCCGUCCAUCACGGUCCCGUGGACAGGCCUUUUCAUGGAUGGUUAGGUCCCGCCCCUCGGCAUCCGGGGCUUGUCAACACUGGCCGUCCCUUCAGUGGGGUCUCUGAGGCCAGCCGGGCCUACAAGGCCGUAGGGGUCGCAUUGGUGGCGUCUCAAGCCUUGAGAAGGCCUCUCCGGGUCUUCCCAGCCCUCCCCGACUCUCAGGGUUACUGCGGGAGGCGGCGAUGAUCCUGGGCCGGGCUCUGGCCGCGGCCCUGGCGGCCCUGGCCUGGGCCGUGCUGGGGCCGCUCUCCCCCAGGGCUCUGGCCGGCGACUGCAAGGGGCAGCGGCAGGUGCUCCGGGAGGCGCCAGGCUUCGUGACGGACGGUGCGGGCAACUACAGCGUCAAUGGCAACUGCGAAUGGCUUAUUGAGGCCCCGAGCCCCCAACACCGGAUCCUGCUGGACUUCCUUUUCCUGGACACGGAAUGCACGUACGAUUACCUGUUCGUGUAUGAUGGCGAUUCCCCACAGGGCCCGCUGCUGGCUAGUCUGAGUGGGAGCACGAGGCCCCCACCCAUCGAGGCUUCCUCAGGCAAGAUGCUGCUACACCUCUUUAGUGAUGCCAAUUAUAAUCUACUCGGCUUCAACGCCUCCUUCCGCUUCUCCCUGUGCCCUGGUGGCUGCCAGAGCCAUGGGCAGUGCCAGCCUUCAGGAGUGUGUGUCUGCGAGCCAGGCUGGGGGGGCCCCGACUGUGGCCUGCAGGAGUGCUCCACCUAUUGUGGCAGCCAUGGCACCUGCGCCUCGCGCCUGGGACCAUGCCGCUGUGAGCGUGGCUUCCUGGGACGUGCCUGUGACCUGCAUUUGUGGGAGAACCAGGGAGCUGGCUGGUGGCACAAUGUCAGUGCUGGAGACCCUGCCUUCUCAGCUCGUAUCGGGGCGGCUGGUGCCUUCCUUUCCCCAGUAGGGCUGCUGGCUGUUUUUGGAGGCCAGGACCUCAACAAGGCCCUGGGUGACCUGGUCCUGUACAACUUCUCUGCCAACACCUGGGAGUCCUGGGAUCUGAGUCCUGCCCCGGCUGCCCGCCAUUCCCAUGUGGGCGUGGCCUGGGAUGGCUUCCUGGUCCUGAUGGGUGGCGAACUGGCUGAUGGCUCGCUCACCAAUGAUGUGUGGGCCUUUAGCCCAUUUGGCAAAGGCCGCUGGAAGCUCCUGGCACCGCCUUCCUCCAGCUCCUCAGGGCCCCCAGGACUGGCAGGUCACGCCGCUGCCCUGGUGGAUGACACCUGGCUCUAUGUGUCUGGUGGCCGCACCCAGCAUGACCUCUUCUCCUCCGGCCUCUUCCGUUUCCAUCUGGACAUCACCGGUGGGGGUUACUGGGAGCAGGUGAUCCCAGCAGGUGGGAGGCCCCCCGCUGCCACUGGCCACUCCAUGGUGUUCCACGCCCCCUCUCGGGCCCUGUUGGUCCAUGGUGGACACCGACCUUCCACUGCCCGGUUCUCUGUAAGGGUAAACUCUACAGAGCUCUUCCAUGUGGACCGACGCGUGUGGACCACCCUGAAGGGCCGGGAAGGGCUACAGGGCCCCCGAGAGCGAGCCUUCCACACAGCCAGCGUCCUGGGCAACUACAUGGUGAUCUAUGGGGGUAACGUGCACACCCAUUACCAAGAAGAAAAGUGCUACGAAGAUGGCAUCUUCUUCUACCACCUUGGCUGCCACCAGUGGGUAUCGGGGGCCGAACUGGCCCCCCCAGGCACCCCUGAGGGCCGAGCAGCACCCCCUAGUGGUCGGUAUUCACACGUGGCAGCUGUGCUUGGUGGCAGUGUCCUGUUGGUGGCUGGGGGGUACAGUGGCCGGCCUCGGGGGGACUUGAUGGCCUACAAGGUGCCCCCCUUCGUGUUUCAGGCUCCUGCCCCAGAUUACCACUUGGACUACUGCUCCAUGUACACCGACCACAGCGUGUGCUCCAGAGACCCUGAAUGCAGCUGGUGUCAGGGGGCCUGCCAGGCCGCACCCCCUCCUGGAACCCUUUUAGGGCCCUGUCCAGCUGCCAGCUGCCUGGGCCUGGGCCGCCUCCUGAGUGACUGCCAGGCAUGCCUGGCCUUCAGCAGCCCCACGGGCCCUCCCCGGGGGCCUGGUGCGCUGGGCUGGUGCGUGCACAAUGAAAGCUGUCUCCCUCGGCCUGAGCAAGCCCGCUGCCGAGGGGAGCAGAUCUCAGGCACCGUGGGCUGGUGGGGGCCAGCACCUGUCUUUGUCACUUCCCUGGAGGCCUGUGUCACCCAGAGCUUCCUGCCUGGCCUGCACCUGCUCACCUUCCAGCAGCCGCCCAACGUCUCCCAGCCCGACAAGGUCUCCAUUGUCCGCAGUACAACCAUCACCCUGACGCCCAGCCCAGAGACAGAUGUGUCUCUGGUUUACCGGGGUUUUAUCCACCCGCUGCUGCCAGGAGGGCCUGGUGGCCCAGGGGGUGAAGAUGUGGCCGUGUGGGCCCGGGCCCAGCGCCUACACGUCCUGGCUCGGAUGGCACGUGGUCCUGACACAGAGAACAUGGAGGAGGUGGGGCGCUGGGUGGCUCAGCAGGAGAAGGAGACCAGGCGGCUACAGCGUCCGGGGUCCGCUCGCCUCUUCCCGCUGCCCGGGCGAGGCCACAAGUAUGCAGUGGAGAUCCGAGGCCAGCUGAAUGGCUCUGCGGGCCCCGGGCACAGUGAGCUCACCCUGCUGUGGGAUCGGACCGGCGUGCCAGGCGGCAGCGAGAUCUCCUUCUUCUUUUUGGAGCCCUACCGCUCCUCUGCCUGCACCUCCUAUACGUCCUGCCUGGGCUGCCUGGCGGACCAGGGCUGUGGCUGGUGCCUGAGCAGUGCCACCUGCCACCUGCGCCAGGGCGGGGCCCGCUGUGAGGAUGAUGGGGCUGGCGGCUCCCUACUGGUACUGGUUCCGGCCCUCUGCCCCCUCUGCGAGGAGCAUCGCGACUGCCACGCUUGCACCCAGGAUCUCUUCUGUGAGUGGCAUCAGAGCUCCAGCCGCAAAGGGGAUGCAGCCUGCAGCCGGCGGGGCCGCGGCCGGGGCGCCCUGAAGAGCCCGGAAGAGUGUCCCCCGCUCUGUAGCCAGCGCCUGACCUGUGAGGACUGCCUGGCCAAUUCCAGCCAGUGUGCCUGGUGCCAGUCCACCCACACCUGCUUCCUGUUUGCUGCUUACCUGGCCCGGUACCCACACGGGGGCUGCCGUGGCUGGGACGACAGUGUGCACUCAGAGCCGCGGUGCCGGAGCUGCAGUGGCUUCCUGACCUGCCACGAGUGUCUGCAGAGCCACGAGUGUGGCUGGUGUGGCAACGAAGACAACCCCACUCUGGGACGGUGUCUGCAGGGAGACUUCUCUGGGCCUCUGGGAGGAGGGAACUGCUCCCUUUGGGUGAGCCAGGGCCUGGGGCUUUCAGUGGCCCUCCCUGCCCGCUGGGCUUAUGCCCGUUGUCCAGAUGUGGACGAGUGUCGCCUGGGCCUGGCACGGUGUCACCCGCGGGCGACCUGCCUGAACACGCCCCUCAGCUAUGAGUGUCACUGCCAGCGCGGCUACCAGGGCGAUGGCGUCACACACUGCAACCGCACAUGCCUGGAGGACUGCGGCCAUGGUGUCUGCAGUGGACCCCCUGACUUCACCUGCGUGUGUGACCUGGGCUGGACAUCUGACCUGCCCCCUCCCACUCCAGCCCCAGGGCCCCCUGCGCCCCGCUGCUCCCGAGACUGUGGGUGCAACUUCCAUAGCCACUGCCGCAAGCGGGGGCCUGGCUUCUGUGACGAAUGUCAGGACUGGACCUGGGGAGAGCACUGCGAGAGGUGCCGACCGGGCAGCUUUGGCAACGCCACAGGCUCGGGUGGCUGCCGGCCCUGCCAGUGUAACGGGCAUGGGGACCCACGCCGCGGCCACUGUGACAACCUCAGCGGGCUCUGCUUCUGCCAGGACCACACAGAGGGGGCCCACUGCCAGCUGUGCUCCCCAGGCUACUAUGGAGACCCCCGGGCUGGUGGCUCCUGCUUCCGAGAGUGUGGGGGGCGUGCCCUUCUCACCAACGUGUCCUCAGUGGCUCUGGGCUCCCGCCGGUUUGGGGGGCUGCUGCCUCCAGGAGGUGGGGCAGCAAGAGCUGGGCCAGGUCUUUCCUACUGUGUGUGGGUCGUCUCAGCCACCGAGGAGCUGCAGCCCUGCGCCCCUGGGACCCUUUGUCCACCACUCACCCUCACCUUCUCCCCGGAUAGCAGCACCCCCUGCACGCUGAGCUAUGUCCUGGCUUUUGAUGGAUUCCCACGCUUCCUGGAUACGGGUGUUGUCCAGUCAGACCGUAGCCUCAUUGCUGCCUUCUGUGGCCAGCGGCGGGACAGGCCUCUCACUGUGCAGGCUCUGUCUGGGCUGCUCGUCCUGCACUGGGAAGCCAAUGGCUCCUCAUCCUGGGGUUUCAAUGCCUCUGUGGGCUCUGCCCGCUGCGGCUCAGGGGGUCCUGGGAGCUGCCCGGUCCCCCAGGAGUGUGUACCCCAGGAUGGGGCUGCAGGUGCUGGGCUCUGCCGAUGUCCCCAGGGCUGGGCUGGUCCCCAUUGUCGCAUGGCUCUGUGUCCUGAGAACUGCAAUGCCCACACCGGGGCUGGGAUUUGUAACCAGAGCCUGGGUGUGUGCAUCUGCGCUGAGGGCUUCGGAGGACCCGACUGUGCCACAAAGCUGGAUGGUGGGCAGCUGGUCUGGGAGACUGUCAUGGACAGCCGCCUCUCAGCUGACACAGCUAGCCGCUUUCUGCACCGUCUGGGACACACGAUGGUAGCAGGACCUGAAGGUACCUUGUGGAUGUUCGGAGGCCUGGGGCUGCCCCAGGGUCUGCUGGGAAACCUGUACAGGUAUUCUGUGAGUGAGCGGCGAUGGACACAGAUGCUGGCGGGAGCUGAGGAUGGGGGUCCAGGCCCAUCUCCCCGUUCCUUCCAUGCAGCAGCCUACGUGUCUGCGGGUCGUGGGGCCAUGUACCUGCUGGGAGGGCUCACGGCAGGCGGUGUCACCCGUGACUUCUGGGUCCUGAACCUCACCACCCUCCAGUGGCGGCAGGAGAAGGCCCCGCAGACUGUGGAAUUGCCGGCAGUCGCUGGUCACAGCCUCACUGCCCGCCGAGGCCUGUCUCUGCUCCUGGUGGGCGGCUACUCCCCUGAAAAUGGCUUCAACCAGCAGUUGUUUGAGUACCAGCUGGCAACUGGCACCUGGGUGUCGGGAGCCCAGAGUGGGACGCCCCCUACAGGACUCUACGGUCAUUCGGCAGUCUACCACGAGGCCACUGACUCCCUGUACGUGUUUGGGGGCUUCCGUUUUCAUGUGGAGUUGGCAGCCCCCUCCCCAGAGCUCUACUCUCUGCACUGCCCUGACCGAACCUGGAGCCUGCUGGCCCCAUCUCAGGGGGCAAAGCCCCGCCCUCGGCUUUUCCAUGCUGCUGCCCUGCUAGGGGACACCAUGGUGGUUCUUGGGGGGCGCUCGGACCCCGAUGAGUUCAGCAGCGAUGUUCUGCUCUACCAGGUCAACUGCAAUGCCUGGCUUCUACCUGAUCUCACACGCCCAGCAUCUGUGGGAUCCCCAAUGGAGGAGUCUGUGGCCCAUGCCGUGGCUGCUGUGGGCAAUCGCCUGUAUAUCUCUGGAGGCUUUGGGGGGGUAGCCCUGGGUCGCCUGCUGGCACUGACCCUGCCCCCUGACCCCUGCCGCCUGCUCCCCUCGCUGGAAGCCUGUAAUCAGUCCGAGGCCUGCACCUGGUGCCAUGGGGCCUGCCUGUCUGGAGACCAGGCCCACAGGCUGGGCUGUGGAGGGCCACCCUGCUCCCCGAUGCCUCGCUCCCCUGAGGAAUGUCGACGGCUCCGGACCUGCAGCGAGUGCCUGGCCCGCCAUCCCCGGACCCUGCAGCCUGGAGAUGGAGAGGCAUCUGCACCCCGCUGUAAGUGGUGCACCAACUGCCCCGAAGGCGCCUGCAUCGGCCGCAAUGGGUCCUGCACAUCGGAGAACGACUGUCGGAUCAACCAGCGAGAGGUCUUCUGGGCGGGGAACUGCUCCGAGGCUGCAUGCGGGGCAGCCGACUGCGAGCAGUGCACGCGAGAGGGCAAGUGCAUGUGGACGCGGCAGUUCAAGAGGACCGGAGAGACCCGCCGCAUCCUCUCCGUGCAGCCCACCUACGACUGGACCUGCUUCAGUCACUCCCUGCUGAACGUGUCCCCGAUGCCAGUGGAGUCCUCACCCCCACUGCCCUGCCCCACUCCCUGUCACCUCCUCCCCAACUGUACCUCCUGCCUGGACUCCAAGGGUGCUGACGGCGGCUGGCAGCACUGUGUCUGGAGCAGCAGCCUCCAACAGUGUCUGAGCCCCUCCUACCUGCCCCUAAGAUGUAUGGCCGGAGGCUGUGGGCGGCUGCUGCGGGGACCUGAGAGCUGCUCCCUGGGCUGUGCUCAGGCUACCCAGUGUGCCCUGUGCCUGCGGCGCCCCCACUGUGGCUGGUGCGCCUGGGGGGGCCAGGAUGGGGGCGGCCGCUGCAUGGAGGGCGGACUCAGCGGCCCCCGUGAUGGGCUGACAUGUGGACGGCCUGGGGCGGCCUGGGCCUUCCUGUCCUGUCCCCCUGAGAACGAGUGUGCAAAUGGGCACCACGACUGCAAUGAGACCCAGAAUUGCCACGACCAGCCCCACGGCUAUGAGUGCAGCUGCAAGACCGGCUAUACCAUGGACAAUGUGACCGGCCUGUGCCGCCCAGUGUGUGCCCAGGGCUGUGUGAACGGCUCAUGCGUGGAGCCUGACCACUGUCGCUGUCACUUUGGCUUUGUGGGCCGCAACUGCUCCACAGAGUGUCACUGCAAUCGCCACAGCGAGUGUGCCGGCGUAGGGGCCCGCGACCACUGUCUGCUCUGCCGCAACCACACCAAGGGCAGCCACUGUGAGCAGUGUCUCCCACUGUUUGUGGGGUCCGCCCUGGGAGGUGGCACCUGCCGGCCCUGCCAUGCCUUCUGUCGCGGCAACAGUCACGUCUGCGUCUCCAGGAAGGAGCUGGAAAUGGCCAGGAGGGAGCCAGAGAAGUACUCACUGGAUCCGGAGGAGAUUGAAAACUGGGUGACUGAGGGGCCGAGUGAAGACGAAGCCGUGUGUGUGAACUGCCAGAAUAACAGCUAUGGGGACAAAUGCGAGAGCUGCCUCCACGGCUACUUCCUCCUGGAUGGGAAGUGCACCAAAUGCCAGUGUAAUGGCCACGCAGACACCUGUAACGAGCAGGAUGGGACAGGUUGCCCGUGUCAGAACAACACAGAGACGGGCACUUGCCAGGGCAGUUCCCCCAGUGACCGCCGAGACUGCUACAAGUAUCAGUGUGCCAAGUGCCGAGAAUCUUUCCACGGGAGCCCGCUAGGCGGCCAGCAGUGCUACCGCCUCAUCUCCGUGGAGCAGGAGUGCUGCCUCGACCCCACCUCCCAAACCAACUGCUUCCACGAGCCCAAGCGCCGGGCCCUGGGCCCCGGCCGCACUGUCCUCUUUGGGGUACAGCCCAAGUUCACCAAUGUGGAUAUCCGCCUGACCCUGGACGUAACCUUCGGGGCCGUGGACCUCUAUGUCUCCACGUCCUAUGACACCUUUGUGGUCCGCGUGGCCCCCGACACGGGCAUCCACACCGUGCACAUCCAACCGCCCCUCCCCCCACCCCCACCCCCACCUCCUGCUGAUGGGGGACCCCGGGCCGCUGCAGGGGACUCAGGGGGACAGGGGGCUGGGAAUGGGCCCAGCAUCCCCGCCGAGCCACGAGUGCGGGAAGUAUGGCCGAGAGGUCUGAUCACCUACGUGACAGUGACGGAACCGGCGGCCGUGCUGGUGGUGCGUGGCGUGCGGGACCGGCUGGUGAUCACCUACCCGCAUGAGCACCACGCCCUCAAGUCCAGCCGCUUCUACCUGCUGCUGCUGGGUGUGGGAGACCCCAGCGGGCCUGGCGCCAACGGCUCGGCCGACUCACAGGGCCUCCUCUUCUUCCGGCAAGACCAGGCCCACAUCGACCUGUUUGUCUUCUUCUCCGUCUUCUUCUCCUGCUUCUUCCUCUUCCUCUCCCUGUGCGUGCUCCUGUGGAAAGCCAAGCAGGCCCUGGACCAGCGGCAGGAGCAGCGCCGGCAUCUGCAGGAGAUGACCAAGAUGGCCAGCCGCCCCUUCGCCAAGGUCACCGUCUGCUUCCCACCAGACCCCACGGCCCCUGCCUGGAAGCCCACCGGACUCCCACCACCUGCCUUCCGCCGUUCGGAGCCUUUCCUGGCACCUCUCUUACUGACAGGGGCGGGGGGCCCUUGGGGACCCAUGGGCGGGGGGUGCUACCCCUCAGCCAUCCCUGCCACCACCGCUGGCUUACGAGCGGGGCCCAUCACCCUGGAGCCCACGGAGGAUGGCAUGGCCGGGGUGGCCACUCUGCUGCUCCAGCUGCCCGGAGGGCCCCAUGCGCCCAAUGGUGCCUGCCUGGGCUCGGCCCUCGUCACCCUGCGACACAGGCUGCAUGAGUACUGUGGGGGCAGUGGGGGGGCAGCGGGCAGCGGGCACGGGGCGGGUGCAGGCCGAAAAGGACUGUUGAAUCAGGACAACCUCACCAGCAUGUCUCUCUGACAUGUCUCCCCUUGGUGGGGGGAGGACCACUCUGGUCUGGAGUGGGGCCCCUGGACACUCUGAGACCACUGUCCCUCCUCCCUCUUGUUGUCCCCCUGUGCUGUGCAUUUGGCGACUAUUUAUCGAGCAGCUACUGAAUGCCAGGCACUGUUGUAGGCCCAGAGCAAAGCAGGAGGUUUGCAGAUCUCAAGGGACUUAAGGCCCUGGGAAGGGAGACAAUCCACAUGUCCCCAUGGCGCAUGCACAUGUACCCACGAGGUGUGUCAGAGAGAAGUGUGAUGGGGGUAGGUGGGGUAGAGGGACUGUGGGGUGAAGCGGGGCUUUCAGAGAAGCUAGACCGAGAAGGCCAAGGGAACUGGUCAUGGCCACGGGAAGAACUUCAUAGUUCCAGGUAGAAGAUAUCGUGGGGGCCUUUGUCUGGAGGUGGGCACCAGAUGAGGUGCUUGGGUCUAUGCUGAGGGCAGCAGGAAGGUGCAUGAGGGUUCUGUGGGAGAGCUGUGAGCCAUGCCUGCAGUGAGCCAUUCUGCAGGGGUGAGGAUGUGCUAAAGGGAGAGGAGGGGCGGUGGGGCUGAGAGAUGGUGGUGGACUGGGGGAGGGGGCUCAGGAUCAGAGGCAGGGUGAAAAAUAGAAGGGCCUCAGGGCGGUGUGCUGUCAGGGAGGUGCAGGGCACAUCCAGGAUGGGGUGACAUAUCCAGUUGACUGCGGUUCAAGAUGGGGCUGGUGAGGAAGGCGCGGUCCAGUGUUGAUCCGAGGAGGCCUUGAGGCAGCUGUGCAGUCAAAUCCAGUGGUUUUCCUGCAAACCACCGACUGAGUGCAGGGGACUGGCAGUGCUGGAGAAGGCAGUGGCUGGGAAGAGGUUGGAUGGCUGGAUGUUUCCUGGGCUGGAGUUCAGAUCUGGGGACCAGGGGUUCCCUGUGAAUCUAGAGCUGAGCCUAUUGAGAGAGGCACAAAAUCUGCUGAAAUGUCUGGGGGGGGCAGUAGAGAGACAUGGUGGGGUCAUCACCCCACAGCUCCCUCCAAUGCUCUUUUGAGACUUUGGGGCUCUCCUAGGGCUCACCCUACCUAUCCAAACUUGGACUUGUGAGCUGCUCUGCUCCGAGGACUGACCUCCUCAAUCCUAGCCACCUUCCUGAAGUGGAGGCUCUUGCUUUCCCAGAACUUCCUCCUCCCAGCUGCUUGGUUUUGCUCUUGAGGGCUGGGCCCUGCAUUUCCUCUUACUUGAGGCCCCAGCUAAGCCCCCAUCCCCACAGUAUGUGCAUGUCCAGGGCAGCUGUGGGCCACACUUGAGGAACUGGGAGUGGCUGAAGCAACAAAUAAAA